UACGGCGAAAAUGACUAGCAGCAUGCCAGCAAAAAUCACCAGUACCCCAACUACGGCGAAAAUGACUAGCAGCAUGCCAGCAGGAAUCACUAGUACCCCAACUAAGACAACUACAACUCGAACUACGACGACAACUACAACUACGACGACAACUACCACUACGACAACUACGACUACGACAACUACGACAACUACGACAACAACACCGCCCCCGCCCCUGAUGUGCUCGGUCAGCGAAACGGCGACGCAGCCGUUUACGUACCCGGAUGACGGCAUCUGUGACAUCCUCAUCUUCUCUCACUUGGUAAUACUAAACGGCACAUUGAGGCCUCUUGUUUAUCCAGAGAGUUACAUCACGUUCCACAACCUCUGUCAAAACCGGUACUCGAAGACGAGUGGUGGGAUAUCGUUCGACGCACGGUACAUCAAGAACGACCAGUUGACGAACAAUAUAAUGCAAAGCCUCCAAAAGAUUCGAGCACAUAAUAUCAAGCAUUAUGGCAUUCUGAACAUUUACGGCAAUGUCCGCGAGGUCACGGAGUAUUCAGCAGAUUUGGGGGCUAUAACCAAGAAAUUUAAGUCGCUCAUCGGAGUCUCGGACUGGGGAGUAUCGUCGCACAUUAUCCUCGGUUUCGGAUAUUACCGAUAUAGCACCAAGAACCCUCAUUUUCUUCAAGAUCAUGUAGAGCGGAGCACCCCGAACGACGUCACCAUCAUGGUUUUCCUCACGUGCUUAGUGACAAUGCCGGAUCGCUUCUAUUGCAAAGCCCUGCCAACUAAUGCGUGGAAAUCUCCGGACAAUGCUACUGCAGAGUUGGUGGAGUUUCUGCAUCUAAAAGGCUCUGCGUACAAAACGAAUGCAAGUAUAGUGGCGUUUGCAUUCCAGAUGGGCGUGCUGACUUACAAUAUGAGCAAAACCUAUCAAAAGCCGACUGAUGCGGUCUAUAACGAAUGCGUCGGCUUUACCAUAUCAAGCGUAUCACAGGUGAGAAUAUUUCUGAUCGCAAGUACAAAACUGUAAUGGGGUUCACUCAGGCCCACACGCAAGUUUCGGCUACACACUUUCUUCAAAGCGCUGUGAAGGAACGUUUAACUGCUGGGAAUCUUGAAGCAAACAGCUUUAUUUUACUGUCUCUCCCGCUUACAUGGUGGUCGUAGUUUGUUUUUCUUUGGACUGAUGCACAGACGCAGACAAAAACGGUACGUUCUCUGGCGCAACCUGCACAAAGCAACAUGUUUUUUUAUUUAUUACACACUGUUACCCCCU